GGAGCCGCGGGGCCCGCGAGCGGUGGAGCAGGUGCUCGGAGCCCGCCGCGCCGGCGUCGGCGGCCGCUGCCCAAGUUCGCCCGAGGCCCGAGGAGGGCCGGGCCGCCGCGAGAGGAGCGCAGCCGGCGCCGCGCCGCCGCGGGCUUGAGCCUCGAGAGAAGGGCGAGCGGAGCCGGGAGUCCGGGAGGUGUAGCCGGGGCUCCGCAGUCCGCGGCUCCCGACGACGCCGGGGCAGGGAGGAAAAGAGGCAGGGGACAGGAGGCCAGGCUCUUCUGGAGACUCGGGGCACUCCGGGCAGACGCCCGCUUCCUCCGGCAGCAGCCCCGAGGGGGCCCAGCGCAGGCGGCCCCCGGCAGCGCGCCCUGGGCGGCCCCCGCCCCAGACGAGAGCGGGCUCACCGCCGCGCAGGACUCGGACACAGGACUCGGGGCGCCUCGGCAGGUCUCGGCGGCGCGCAGCGCGGGGAGCAGUGAGCGGGUCCUGGAGGGAGGGGAAAGCGGGCAGCCGCUAGCGGGGCGACCUCUCACCCCGGUACACACCCACCCCACCCGCCGAGCCCCGAGCGGAGGUGCUCCUCUGGGGGCGCUCGUUCCCUGGCGUCCUCUCUCCCGUGUCCCAGCACCGCUGGGCUGCCGGCUGGGCUGCUGGGGUCCUUCGGGAUGUCCAACCCCGGCAUGGUGGCCGAGUGGCCCCUCUCCCAGGGCCAACGCAAAAGCUGGGGUUAGGCGGAGCAGGGGGGGCUCAGCUCAGGGUCCCCCGAGGUCCAGAACUAGGGGAGGCGGGCGCAGCGCCCGGGGACUGGAGAGGCGGCGCCCGGCGGGGCCCCUCCGGAGGUAGCGGCGGGCGCCGGACGGCCCUCGGGAAGCCCGGGCUCCAGGGGCGCCUGGGACGCCCUCGGAAGAGGCUCGGGCCAGGGGCGCGGGCCGCGGCGGCGCUCAGUCCCCGGCGGGCGCUCGCGGAGGCGGCGGCGUUGGCGCCGGGCGGGCAUGCAGCGCCACUGGAGCUCCUUUCGGGCGCACGCUUUCCCGGCGCCGGCUGCGCGCGGUCGCUGCUGCUGCUGUUCCCACUGCUGCUGCGGACUCCCAUGGCGGCUCCGCCCGGCCGGGGCCGCCGCCGCUGCCGCCAGCCGCGGGCUGAAUGAAUGAGCCGGAGCGGCGGAGCCCGGCUGCCCGCGGCCGCGCUCUCCGGCCCGGGACGCUUCCGCAUGGCGCGCGAGGAGCCGGCGCCCGCGGCGUUGGCGGCGGCCGGGCAGCCCGGGGGCGGCAGGGGCGGCGAGCGCGAGCGGACGCUGCAGGGGCCAGGGGUCGCCCGCAGGGGGCGGCCGUCGCUGAGCCGCGCUAAACUGCACGGGCUGCGGCACAUGUGCGCCGGGCGCACGGCGGCGGGGGGCUCCUUCCAGCGGCGGGCGCUGUGGGUGCUGGCCUUCUGUACGUCCCUGGGCUUGCUGCUGUCCUGGUCCUCGAACCGCCUGCUCUACUGGCUCAGCUUCCCUUCGCACACGCGGGUGCACCGCGAGUGGAGCCGCCAGCUGCCCUUCCCGGCCGUCACGGUGUGCAACAACAACCCGCUGCGCUUCCCGCGCCUCUCCAAGGGGGACCUCUACUACGCCGGCCACUGGCUCGGGCUGCUGCUGCCCAACCGCACCGCGCGCCCGCUGGUCAGCGAGCUGCUGCGGGGCGACGAGCCGCGCCGCCAGUGGUUCCGCAAGCUGGCGGACUUCCGCCUCUUCCUGCCGCCGCGCCACUUCGAGGGUAUCAGCGCCGCCUUCAUGGACCGCCUGGGCCACCAGCUCGAGGACAUGCUACUCUCCUGCAAGUACCGCGGCGAGCUCUGCGGGCCGCACAACUUCUCCUCUGUGUUUACAAAAUAUGGGAAGUGUUACAUGUUUAACUCAGGCGAGGAUGGCAAACCUCUGCUCACCACGGUGAAGGGGGGGACAGGCAACGGGCUGGAGAUCAUGCUGGACAUUCAGCAAGAUGAGUACCUGCCCAUCUGGGGAGAGACAGAGGAAACCACGUUUGAAGCAGGAGUGAAAGUUCAGAUCCACAGCCAGUCUGAGCCACCUUUCAUCCAAGAGCUGGGCUUUGGGGUGGCUCCAGGCUUCCAGACGUUCGUGGCCACGCAGGAGCAGAGGCUCACAUACUUGCCCCCACCUUGGGGUGAGUGCCGAUCCUCAGAGAUGGGACUCGACUUCUUUCCUGUUUACAGUAUCACCGCCUGUAGGAUUGACUGUGAGACCCGCUACAUCGUGGAGAACUGCAACUGCCGUAUGGUCCACAUGCCAGGGGACGCCCCUUUCUGUACCCCUGAGCAACACAAGGAAUGUGCAGAACCUGCCCUAGGUCUGCUGGCGGAAAAGGACAGUAAUUACUGUCUCUGCAGGACACCCUGCAACCUGACCCGUUACAACAAAGAGCUCUCCAUGGUGAAGAUCCCCAGCAAGACAUCAGCCAAGUAUCUCGAGAAGAAAUUUAACAAAUCAGAAAAAUAUAUCUCAGAGAACAUCCUUGUUCUGGAUAUAUUUUUUGAAGCUCUCAAUUAUGAGACAAUUGAACAGAAGAAGGCGUAUGAAGUUGCUGCCUUACUUGGUGAUAUUGGUGGUCAGAUGGGAUUGUUUAUUGGUGCUAGUAUCCUCACAAUACUAGAGCUCUUUGAUUAUAUUUAUGAGCUGAUCAAAGAGAAGCUACUAGACCUGCUUGGCAAAGAAGAGGACGAAGGAAGCCAUGAUGAGAAUGUGAGCACUUGUGAGACGAUGCCAAACCACUCCGAAACCAUCAGCCACACUGUGAAUGUGCCCCUGCAGACGGCCCUGGGGACCUUGGAGGAGAUUGCCUGCUGACAGCCCUCGGACCACCUGGCACCCCCAAACCAGCCUUGAGGUCCAAGACCCAGGUCAGGGGCUAGCAGGAUCACGUGGGAUGGCCCCUGAAGACGGAAAGAAGCAAGAGCCCCCUAUGCACACAUAGCAAACUAUCUGCCAAAACCUCGCUCCGGCCACGUCUGACAUGACACGUCCUCGGGCCCGCCGUGCGUCCCUCUAGGAGAAAUGAGUCACGCUCUGGAACUGUCCCAGAACCAACCUGCCAUCACAUCUCACUGCCAGAUGUAUAAAGCACCUGCAUGCUCAGACUUCUCACGGCGCCACCCCACGUCUGUCUGUACAUGACACACCUCCGCGCGGUUUCCAGCCUCCACUCUGCAGCCACGCCAGGGAGCGGGGUCCAGCCCCAAAGUCACCCCAAGGCCAUGCCGGAAUCAGAACUGCACAGCCCCGAGGGAAACCGCAGAACUCUCAACUACGUUUGGUCCUUGUGUAGUUUGUGAAGGUUCUUAACCUACCCACGACCCCCCCCCCACAUGCCCCAAGCCGGUCCACGGUGACCAGGGCCAGCCCCCCAUCCCCGUGCCUGCGAUGGAGGCACGUGGCCGGUGACUCCGUACUCACCCCUGGCACCACAUCGUUCUGCUCUCCCUGUGACACGCUUGUACAGUCUGGUUCUGUUUAUUUGGAGGGGGGGUUUGUUUGUUUGUCUGUCAGAGGUCUGUUUGGUUUCAUUUUCUGAUUUUUGGUUUUGAUGUUCUGAGGUUUGGUUUGUUUUUUUCAUUUUCUUCAGCAUUUAUUUAUUCGUGCUUCGGAUCACAGUCAUAUUAAAAGCUGGUCUUGUGGAAA